GUUAUUCGUCUGUCUAGUUGGCGAGGCCCUGACAUUAGAAAGUUUGUUGGACCAGGUUCAUUGUCUCAAGCGAUUGAAGUCGUAGAAAAGUUUGAAAACCAGAUAAACAAUGCACCCGAACAGCUGCAACAUAAAGACAUUUACGACCCGGCCGUUCACAUGACAUACAUCUUCAGUCCCUGGAACACCGAAACACCAGCUUUCAGGUUGAACCAGGCUGUGGCAGAGUUUCAGCUGGAACAGUUACAGGCUCAAGUAAGAGAGGUGUCAUCUGUGAUGGAUCUGAUUGACAUUUAUAUCAAGCAUGACAGAACUGUAUCUUCUGAUAACAGUGAUAAGAAGAAAGAAUUACUGGAAUACAAAGAAAGUUUAAAAAUGAUAAAAGAACGAUUGGUGACGGCUCAAAACACGUACGUGAUGUUAUCACCAGAUGAGCGCGAAAACCUAAGAAGUAUUUACGGUCAUCAGAGGGCACCACAUUACUUUAAGAGAAAGCUGAAGAAGCUCCACGAUCCUCCUGAGAGUUUCUGCGUCGCUUGUUUCACGAAAGACGUCUGGCAAUUCUAAACCAUCAAGUAACUGUUUGGAGCUUAACUUCUUAUAUAUACAUAUUGAGGAUAUGAUAACUGUAGAGCACUUCUUUACAUGUAUAAUAUUAGACUGUUCAAUAAAAAAUGAAUAAAAAAGACGUCUGGCAAUUCUAAACCAUAAAGUAACUGUUUGGAGCUUAACUUCUUAUAUAUACAUAUUGAGGAUAUGAUAACUGUGGACCACUUCUUUACAUGUAUAAUAUUAGACUGUUCAAUAAAAAAUGAAUAAAAAA